UACAUCUCUAGUAGUAUCGCUCUCACCCUCGAGAUGGCGACACAUGUGUUUUUAUUCUUUCUCGCUAUACAAAUGGCAACGGGAAGUGAAAACUAUAGAAGUGAUGGGUUUCUAGACAAGUUAAGCAACGGGAUGAAAAUCGCAAAUGAUUUAUUAGGUCCCGAAUCAUUAGCUUUGAAAGUAGCCGAUUUCGUUGUUAAAGCAUUCCAAACAGGAAACCGACCGCCACCAGCUUACAGAAGGCCAACACUUAACAAUAUAAACGAAGACAGUUACGAAGACGUACAAGAAAAUAAACCUAACUACUAUGUCAAUGAAGCUCCAAAUCCUGUGAAUCCGUUACGGUAUUUGGUAAAACUGAUGGGACUUCAGACAAAUCAAAUUAGUGCAGUGGCUGUUAAUGCCUUGGUGUUCGUUGCGCAAAUGAUAUCAACAUUUUUCACGGGACCUAAACGCUCACAUGGACAGUAUCGAUCUGAAGAUCCGACAAAUUGGAUACUCAACAAGAAUUCUGGACGACUACAAGAAUUAAUCAAUACUGCGAAAAAUGAAUCAAUAUUGUACGAUAUAGACGAACUUAUCAAACAACAAGGUUCCGACGAGGAAACUAGUUGCAUAAGAUUGUUGGUUUGCAAAAUUACACCUUAUGUGCAUAAGAUGCAAAAUGCAGUGUUCGGUGAAAACAAUAGCAGCAAUGCUGAUAAUGGAAAUUUGAGAGAUCUUCGUGGUUCCGCUGUGAUGUACCGCCAUCUACCGACUGCUGAUGAAGUUAAAGCUACCAGCGACAUCUGUGAACGGAGGCAUAAAGAUUGUGAUUUAAAUGAAUGAUUAUUUUCCCGCUCCAUACAAAAUGCAUCUAGCCUAGCCAGAGGUCUAAUAUAGGUCUAGUAUUAGGGGCGUUUAACAGUACUCAGAUAUAAAAUUAAUAAAAAAUAGAGCCAAAAAAUGUAAAUUAGGUAUGAGUAAUAUAUAGAAAUAAUUAUUAUUAAUUAGAACUAGUGUCAAGAGUUUCUGGGUUGACUUUUUUUAUAACACGAUUACCAAAUAAUGGCUUUGUGUUCUCUCGAGGCAUACAACAAGUGACAAUCAUUUUUAAACUAUUAUUAACCUAAAAAUCCAGAGGUAUUAAGUAUUAUAAUUCAUAGUGAGAGUAAAGAGAGAAUAAGAAUAAAUUUAAAAUUCCAUUUUUGAAUCUCUAGACAAUCGUCAAGCACGAAUGUCAUCUAUAUAUAAAAAAAACGAUGCCGAGUGAUUUACUGACGCAUUUAUCAACGCACAGCCGAAACCACUGGACCUAAUGUCUUGAAAUUUUGCAAAUAAAUUAUUUAUACUACACAGCGUAAGCGAGCAAUAAGAAAGAAAUUCUGAAAAUAAGGGAGUAAAACUUCCAAGGUUCACGCGUAUGAAGAGCUAGUUGACUUUAUUUUAUAGAUAAUGGAUAAUUAAAAUUUACAAUAAAAAAAUUUAAAUAUGUCCCAAAUAAAAAUAUGUCCAGUAUAAAAAAAAAAAAACCUAAUAACUAAGUAGUUUUUGCCCUUAAUUACGUAUGCGAAAAUUUUAAAAUAGUGCAAUAGAUUUAUAUAGCAUAUAUACAUAUACCAGUUUUUAAUUAUAACUCCACAAAUACAACUGUGAAUCACUGUGUGUCACAU